AUGGGAGAUGCUAGAGCUGACACUCAUCGUGUACAGACUAUCACCGUCGACAUAGAUGGCGCCGACUAUCACCUGAUAUCAUACUACACCGAGGAGGAUAUCCACUCCGGUCGCCUGCAACGACCCCUUUGCAGACCGGACAUCAUGGCUAUGGACAUGUCUUUCGAGCUGGAGCACAUGAAGCUCUCGCGAAACCCUCUCAAAUUUGUUACUGGUCCCGACGGUAGACUACGGCCUUUGUAA